AUGGUCGUCACAUCUUCCUGGUCGAACGUCGAGGACGAAGUACUGAAGGCUGCCAUCAGUAAAUAUGGGCUGAACCAGUGGUCACGGUGCGCAUCUCUGCUAGCAAAGAAGAGCGCGAAGCAAUGCAAGUCAAGAUGGCAAGAAUGGCUGGAUCCGUCGAUUCGCAAAACUGAAUGGGAUCGCGAAUCGGACGAGAAGCUCCUGACCAUGGCGAAACUCCUUCCCACCCAAUGGCGCACGAUUGCACCCAUCGUCGGACGGACAGCGACACAGUGUUUGGAAAGAUACCAGAAGCUUUUGGACGAACAAGAAGCUCGCGAGUCAAGCGAUCUAGGACUCGCAGGUCCAGAAGGAGGAGAGGCAGCCCCCUCAGCAGAGGAUGUCCGACGCCUGCGUCCUGGCGAGGUUGACGCUUAUGCCGAAAGUCGUCCUGCUAGACCAGAUGCUGUGGAUCUAGAGGAUGAAGACAAGGAGAUGCUUUCAGAGGCUCGCGCGCGUUUGUCCAACGUUAGCGGCAAGAAGGCCAAGCGAAAAGCUCGUGAAAGGCAACUGGAGGAAUCAAGAAGGCUUGCCUUGCUUCAGAAGAGACGGGAGCUGAAGGCGGCUGGUAUCAACAUCAAGAUUACCCCGAAGAAAGGCAACCACAUUGAUUACAAUGCCGACGUUCCGCUCGAAAAAGAAGUCCCUGCAGGCUUCUUUGACACCACUGAAGAAAUCGAUCGUAACGAACGACAACGAGAAGCCUUUGACCCGCGAAAACAACAACUUGCGAACAAGAGGAAGAUGGAAGCUCAGGAGGAUGGUGGGGGUGACCGAAAGAAGAAGAAAGAUGAGAAGGGGGGAGGUCUCGCAGCGUCAUAUGCAAAGGCCGCACAGAUGCAGAGGAUACGAGAAGCAGAGCAGAGCAGCAAACGACGUGCGCUUGUGCUACCAUCUCCACAGGUUGGAGAGGCGGAGCUUGAGGAGAUUGUCAAGAUGGGAGCAACCGGCCAACGCGCAAUUAGCGCAGGAAGCAGCGACAAUAUAGCGACCCAAGGUCUGAUCGGGGACUACUCGAAUGUGGUUGGCAACACACCGAUCCGAACACCAAUGGCGCCCAAGGAAGAGGACUAUGUCGCAAAUGAAAUUCGAAACGCUCGGAUGAGGACAGAGACACAGUCUGCUCUGCUCGGUGGAGAUAACCCAGAUCUUGUAGAAGACCAGGCGCCUGUUUCGUUAUCUGGAUCCACUUCACGGCAUCAAAUUGUAACCCCGAACCCGAUGGCAACCCCCUUUAGGCAAGCCAAUGGCGGAGUAGGCGCGACACCAAUGCGACAAGGACCAGGAGCGACACCGAUGCGAACACCACGAGACACGCUGCGCUUGAACGGGGAGGAAGACGGCAUGCAACUAGUUUCUCAAACGCCUCGGGAUAUAAGAUUGAGAGAGCAGGCGAAGCGUCAAGACUUGAAGAGCAAGCUUGCAGCAUUGCCAAAGCCCAAGGAGGAGAGCUGGGAGUUUGAAUUACCUGAAGAGCAAGCAGAGCCGAUGGAAGUGGAGAUUAGCGAGGAGGACGCAGCUGAACGUGACCGGAAAGCUCGCGAAGCUCGCGAAGCACAAGAGGCUGCGGAAUUUGGUCGACAAACCCAAGUUGUUCAGAAGUUUCUCCCAAGGCCAUCGCUGAUCGACAUCGAUGCCAUGAUGAAGCGCGCUCUUGAUCUGUCUGAUCCUGUAGAGCGCGAGGUUGAAGUCGAGAUGGCCAAACUCAUUGCAAACGACGUUAAGAAGUUUGGCAACGGUCGCGUCACUGGCACCGUACAAAAAAUCGAGUCCAUAUCAGACAAGGCACUCCGAAAUGCAAAGAUGGAGCUUGCUCUCGAGCUUGCCAUGACAACAGAAAAGGACAAGAAAGCCUUCCACUCUGACGUCAAUACUGCGUGGACGACGCUGCAUGGUUCCACCAUCCUCCCUGGUAUUGCAGGCUACGAAGAAGAUGAGAUUGAUGAGCAUCAGCUCAUGGUCGAAGCGUUUGACAAGGCGCAAGAAGCAAUCAUCGACGCUGCUGAACGCGCGAACAAGAUUGAGAAGCGCCUCAUGACACACCACGCUGGAUAUGCCAAGCGGUCAGCUCUGCUACGAGAGAAGAUUGGUGGCGCUUUUGCUGCGUUAGAGAAGGCAAGAGAUGAUCUCAAUACAGCACGCACAGCGGAAUAUAACGAACAGACUGCCGUGGAACGCAGGUUAGAGCGUCUACGCGAGGAAGUGCAGUUUGUCACGAAGAGGGAGAGAGAAGCACAGGAGGUGUACAGGAGACGAAAGGAGGAGCUGGACAACUUGCAAGUUCCCGUCAAUGGUGUACAUUAG